GGCAUGAGGGGAGCGGGCCGAGCGGCGGCCGGGCCGUUUGCUGAGAGCUCAACGUCACGUAGCCUCCUGCUGUGCCUCCGAGAGAGGCGUUUGUGAUGCUGCUGCUCAAAUGCUGCGAGGCUUUCGUGUGACAGCUCUUAUAUUUCUUCAUCUUACUGCUGGAGAAGUGAAACCAGAAGGCUAGAAUUGGAAAGGAAACUGGUGGAAUACAAAAGUUCUGAUGCAUACCUAAUGAAAGUAAAAUAUGUGAGGCUGAAAAAGUACUUGGAAGAAGUAAAUGAACGGCAAAAAAGAGCUCUUCUACGAAAUCAGACGUUCUUAAAUGAAUUCAACGAGUUUGAAGCUCACAUGAAAGCUUCGAGUUCAGAGCUGAUUGAGAAGAUGGUACGGUAUGGAAGAGAAAUUAAAAGUGGGCUGUCGUUUCAAGAGGGUGGCUUGGCACAAGGUGACGAGGAAGAAGGAUGCAAUGAGCAGGUGCCACAGGCUGCAAGGCAGGCUGAAAUUCAUGUUGAGACAGCUGUGUCCAGAAGCUUGCAUCACCCGCUGCCAUUCUUCAUGGGCCACUGCAUGUCUGCCUGCAGUGUGCAGCAGGAACCCCCUCAGUCUGCUGCCUGCCCCAGCAGACUGACAACCUUGCAGAGUGAUGAGACAGACGGGCAUCCCAUGCAAGCUGGUGGUGACAUGCAGCAUGCCAGUAAGCCUGAUGAGCAAGGUGGCAAGUCAUAUAUCCCCACAGGAGAGAAGAUGCCCAUCAGGGACAGCAGCUUGCACAGCAGUCUUCUGAAUUUUACAGAACAGAAAAAUUCCACUGAACUUUGCUCAGCAUUACCCAAUGGAGGAAGUAUGCAGGGCAGGACUGCUGACUUAGCAAGUGACACAUCAGUGGAGGAAGAGGUGACCCACGAUCACCUGGUAGCAAGUGCAAAAGAAGUCUGUGAGCAGUCUGUCCUCUUGGCUCCUGCCCCUGAGCCCAGCAUCUCUGGACCCCAAUGUAACGUGAACACCCAGCAGGCAGCCAGCCAAGACAGCAGCAGCAGCAGCACCCACCCAGCAGAGAACUCCUCUUUGCAGCCACCCAGCUGCUGUGCAGCAGAGGAUGAGCCCUUGGGCAGCUCGGCGCCUGAUGGCUUCUGCAGCCAGGAUGGCAGUCUGAAGGAAGACCUGGAGGCCAGUGAGGCAGUUGUCCUCUGUCAGCUCCCCAGGGCCAAGCCAGGCCAGCGGUGGGAUGUGACCACACUGCAGGCCUCGCUGAACAGCCAUGCUGCCCUUCUGGAGGAGCACGAGCACCUGUGCACUGAGGAGCUGGCCACUGUGUUACACAGCACGCUGGAUUUGGGCGAGGAGGCAUCAGGAAGCCAGGCUCCACCGCUGCUGAGAGAGGUCCUUGCAGAAGAGUGUGGAGAUAGGUCAUCUGUUCAGAGUAAUGAAUCAUCUUACAGCUUGCCAUCGAUUCCAAAUGACAGCAGGGAAAUGGAGCAGGCAAAACAUGUUCCGUGGCUCGACAGCAUGGGAAAGCAAGAAGUCACAAGCUGGUGUGAAGAUGAGAGCCAGGAAGAAAGCGUGGUAGGAAAGAUUCCUAUUACAGCAGGUUGUGUUAUUGGAAAUAAUGGUUCCGAAGCAAAAGAAAGCCAAGAAAUGUGCUCCGAAAGGAGUUCAUCCAGUGAAAGAAGCGGUGACCUCUCAAGGCCUGAAUUCAGGAAGGGAGCGAUAACUGCUAUAAAAUCCAAAGCUUUCUGGGGCGAAUCUGACGAUAGCAGCUCUGAGGCUGUGGAUGUUUUGCGUCCACAAACUCACAGCCCAGAAGCAGAUGACUUUGAUGACUUCUAUGAUUGAAGUUCCACCACUUGCUUUUGGGAAGCAAAUCGACAGCAUCAUCUUCCACAAGUUGAAUGCUGCUGUCUCAGAAGUGCACCUCAUAGGUUGAUAUUCGCAUUUAAAUACAGAAUAAAGAUUGCUUGGUAUUCUACGCA